GUUGGCGGGGUAGACCCAGAUGUGGCUGUUGCUGCACUUGCAAGUGCAAAGGCGCAAAGCAAUGCUGAUAGCAUCCUGAAUGCUGUGGCUGCCGUGAGCUCGGUAACCAUCGCUGGCGAUGAGGAGACGAAGAAAGCAGUGGUAAAUGCUGAGCUUGAUGCCCUGCAGCUUGCGGCCGACAUCACGUCUGCUGAGAGCACUGGCCUCAAGAAGGUGGGCGACAUCAUGGCGAACACGUUGUCCAAGGGAUCUACAACCGCUGAUCC